AUUGGAUGUAACACAUUGACACUGACAUUUGAUGAAUACAAAAACAAAUAAUAAUGAAGGAGUCAAUUUGAAUUGAUAUUUUUGUAGAUCCUUAUUUUAUGAAUUAUGGCACAUAAAAUGGAUGAACUCAAACAAAAACUUCUGAUACUCAUCAAUAAACAGCCUCCAAAAAUUCCAUCCAUGGGCUUCAAUGAUGCAAAUUAUCAUUUUUCGCAAGUAACAAAUUUAUCUAUUAACAGUAAAACAGUAACAGAUGUUGAUAGGCCUGCAGAUCAAGACAUACUGGAAAGUAUUCAAGCAGCUUAUUUUUCGAAAGAUGAAGCGUUUGACAUCUGCAGAUUCGAAUUGAAAAAACUCCCAGAAGUUCUUGAUUGUGAUCAGAUACAACGGGAUUUCAAAAAUUUAAAGCAGCAACAUCAGGUUGUGUCAAAGAAAGUAUUGCAGUUAAUUUUGGAGAAUCAAACUGGGUGUAACGUUGAAUUUGAGAAAGUGACCGAAAUUCUUAAUGAGGUUAGAGCCACCUUGGAGUUAUGUAGAAUUAGCAGAAGAGAGUUGAAAGUUGCUGGAAGUCAGUUCAGUGCUUGUUUAGGGAUUCUGGCUAAUUAUAGAAAAAGGAAAAUAGCACAGAACUUAUUGAAUAAUUUGAUUAUGAUAAAAAAUUUGCAUAGCUUUGAUACAAGAUGUCAAAUAUUAAUGAAUGAUGAAAAUUAUGUGGCUGCAAUAACAGAACUGAAAAGAUGCCAGAAAAUUGCUACAAAAUACAGGCAUUUCAGUUGUGUAGCUGCCCUCACUUAUAAAUUACAAGAAACUUUGGAAAAUACUGAUGCUCAGUUAGACCGUGUAUUAGCACAGACUUGUUUCCAUUUUGAUGGAGAUCGAUAUAGGAAACUUCAAGCUGCCUAUAAUCUUCUAGAAAAAUCGAGUUUAUCUAUGAUUGACAAUUUGCAUGUUCACUAUAUAACUGCAAUUUAUAAUUCAUCAUUCAAUGUUGUUCAGUCAUAUAUUUCUUCACCAGACAUACUGGAAUCAAGUGAAAAUAGUGGAAAAAAUCCAUAUAAAAUCUUAUGCCAGUCCAUUAAUCAAAACGUAUUCAUAGGCUGUCUAGUGCAUCUUUGUAAAAUUCUUUUUAAAAUAGUUCUCAGUUAUCGUCAGCUUGUGAAGUGGCACAAUAACAGCGAAAAUGAAUCUCAAACAGGAAACGAUAAUUUCAAUAUUGAAAACACAAUGAGCAAACAAAAAUUAGAACACAACUUGGUGAAAAUAUGGGAUGAUGUUCAGAGGAAAGUGUCUAGUUUGCUUUUGAAUGCUGACUUGGCCAGUUAUAAAUUUGAUCAGUUUGUGCAAAUAUUGAGAGUAGUUCAAAGGUUGAUACUUGUCGGGGAAGAAUUUUGUUCAAGUAAAUCCGAAGAUUUACAAGAAUCAAUAAGAAAACAGAGUGUUAAUUAUUUCAAGAAUUACCAUGCUCAAAGGUUAGAUGAGCUGAAAAUAUUUUUAGAGAAUGAGAUGUGGGAAAUUUGUCCUGUGAAACCAUCAUUUGAUAUUCUACAACUACAGGAAUUCAAAUCAUUUCGGUAUUCCUUGAAGAAUUUUAAAUUCAAUCCCCAAGUGAGUCCCACAAUGAUCAACUAUUCAACAAAUUCAACAGAGUGCUGCUCUUCCAACCAUUCUCAAGAUGGAAGUAGUAUUGUAGGUAACUAUUUUGUAAGAUAUGCUGAUCAUGGAACACCUUUUGACUCUCGUUUGGAUGAAACAAUUAUUGAAGAAGACAUAUUAGCUUCUGAAAAUGAUGGUUCGGGAUACUUUUCCGAAGAUAGUGAAGAGGAAGAACCAGAGGAACUGAGAAGGGAUUAUGUAGAUGAAGAAAAUGACAGUUCAAGACGGCCUGAUAAGAAAGAAAAACACCAUUAUAAAUGUCCGAUAUUGACAAAUACAACUCUUUCUAUACUUAGACAAAUUGGAAAAUAUAUCCAGAUGUCCAGGCUUCUUCAACCCAUUGCCUAUCAGAUCAUAUCUUGCAUGAAUCAGUUAUUCGACUACUACCUCUACUCGGUUCACUUGUUUUUUGCCAAAGAUCUGAGCAUUUCUAGUAAUUCUCUCUAUUCACAAGAACUAAAUAUCACAUUGAAAAAAAUAUCUGACAAUCUGAUAUCAGAAAUGGUAUCUGAUGAAGAGGACAGUAAUAGUCAAGCUGGAAAAGUACUUAAACCUUCCCUGACACCAAUGGUCGACUUGGGAAAGCCAGAAACAUUACAUGGUUUGGCCGAGAGGAUUGUGGCCGUGGAAAGUCUGAUUUUUUUAUCGAAGCAAUAUGAAUUUUUGCAGGACUACCUGGAACACUUGGUACCACAAACUAAUAAGAUAAUGCUUCAACAAUUUUUUUCUCAGAACAUUACCUGUGCUGCUGAUAUGAGGUAUCCUGUAUAUAUGGCUGUAGUUGCUAAAGCGUUUGAUCUAAGACAAAUUUUAAUCCUGAUGUCAAAAAUAAAUUGGGAAGUGAGAGAUGUAAGAUCAAUGCAUAAUUCAUAUAUUGAUGUUAUUUUGAAGGAAGUUCAAAAAUUCACUCAGUAUCUAGAGAAAGUCUCAGGAAGAGUUCCUAUAUCUCCGGAAGUGUAUAAAAACUUAUGGGAGAACAUUGCCCACAUUGUUACUCAUACUUUUGUUCAAGGAUUUUCGGGGGCAAAGAAAUGUACAAAUGGUGGCAGAGCUCUGAUGCAACUUGAUUUCGCACAAUUUUUAAUGAAAUUUGAAAAGAUAUCUUCAUUACGACCUGUUCCACACAAAGAAUAUGUUGAAAAUUAUGUUAAAGCCUAUUACCUUCCAGAUAUUGAACUGGAAAAAUGGUUGAGGGAGCAUAAGGAGUAUUCUUCUGAACAUCUCUUUGGCUUGGUGAGUUGUGCCUGUCAAAAUAAUAAAAAAAUUAGACAGAGAUUACUGCAAGUCAUUGAGGAUUUGGAGAAAAAUCAGUUUGGCAGGUAACACUUCAAGAACAUUUUGGAGGUUUGUGUCUUAUUUGAUUUAGGUGAAACUAUUCUCUGUUAUGUGAUAUUGUUAAUGACAAUUAAUGUAAUUUUAGUUAUAGAUGUUACACUGUUUAACCUUUCAAAGGUAAUAUUUUUACACAAAAAUGGUGUUUGUGAUAACAUAUAUUAACAAACCGAAGUACCUAGUUAUGAAUGUACAUUAAAUACCAAAUAUAUAAAACAAGUUGGUCAAAAUGUUAUAGUAAUACAGGAUUUGAAAUAUUAGGUAGAUUGGUACAAUGAAAGAAUACACACAUAACACCAAUUUGUGCAUUCAAUAUGAGUCCAUAAACUAUAAAGUAAUGUGGUUACCGCCCUGAACGACCUAACUUUUUAUUUUUGAAAUACAAUGUGUUUCAAUUUUGGGUAGAUUUCAUAAAAUUUCUCAUUAAUUCAAUAAUUAUUUCAUGAAAAUAUAUCAUUUUCUUUCUCUGAUAUCUGCAGUUUGAAUAUUACGGUAUCACCGUUCCCAAUUUUGAGGUUAAAAAUUAUAAUUAUGAUAUAAAAUUCACCUACUGUGAAAUAUAAAAUGCCCAGUUUUACAUUUGUGAAAACAACUAUUUGUGUAAUAUAAAACAAAACUAAUCCGUAGCAACUUUUCAGUAAACAACAUGGAAAUAAUAUUAACUGCCAAACGAUAGUAAUACCGUAAUAUGUCAUUAAUUGGUCUCAAAAUCUGAUACAUUGCCGGCAACUCUCGUUUGUAUACCUGUCUCUCUUUGAAGAACUGAGAGCAAGAUAUCAGCCAAAGAAGAGCUCUCUUUUUCAUUAUUAUUAAAUUCAUUCAUUAUUGAAUUUCUUGAAAGUGUUUGCUACUGAAAUUAUUUUCGAAUCUGACUUAUUGUUUGAAAGCAUCUAUCGAAUGCAUAUUAAUUUAUUUAUAACAUACUCUGAAAAUCAAUUUUGUAAAUCAAACCUGGUGAUUACUUAUGGUUGAUAAAAUAAAUUGUGGCUCUACA